GUGGUUCACAGAUUUCUCUUCAUCGAUUCUUCGUAUAUAAUUAUGUUUUCGGCCUUGGUGGUUCACAGAUUUCUCUUUGUCGAUUCUUCGCAUAUAAUUAUGUUUUCGGCCUUGGUGGGUCAGGGAUUUCUUUUCGUCGAUUCUUCGUAUAUAAUUAUGUUUUUGGUCUUGAUGGGUCAUGGAUUUCUCUUCGUUGA